AAAUGUUGACAUGCAUGUAUAAUAGUAAAUAAUUAUAGUAGUAAAAGAGAAACCGAAAAUCCUCGAGCACUCACAGAUGCGUAUAGCCUAUAGGUGAUUAUAAUCAGUCGGAAGUGGAUCAGAAACGGAGACAUGGAGCAGUUCAUGAAAUCCAGAUCAUCUUUAUUAAACUUACAACUGCACCGAGAUAUGAAGAACACUUUAAAAAUAGUUCUACUUGUACUACUCUUGAACGAUGCAUUUGGUGUUGUGACACAUGAAAUCAAAGUUUCAGUGAAACAGGGAGAAGAUGUUGCUCUGCGUACUGGUGAGACUGAAAUACAGAGAGAAGACGUCAUACAGUGGAUGUUUGGAGAUGAAGGAGAUAUCAUAGCUGAAUUCAAUAAAAUUAGCAAAUUCUUUGAAACAUAUGACGGUGAUGAUGGGAGAUUUGGUGACAGACUGGAGCUGGAUCGUCAGACUGGAUCUCUCAUUAUCAGCAACACCAGAACAACAGACUCUGGAGUUUAUACAAUGAAGAUUGACAAAAAAGGAGCAACCAUCUACAAGAGAUUCUAUGUCACUGUCAGAGCUGUUCCACCUGUCCUUCAUCAUUAUCCUCCUGUGAGGAUCCUCAACCCUUCACCCCCUGAGUCCUCACCUCAUCACUACCAGCAAAGUGACAAUGCAUUUGGUGUCGUGACACAUAAAAUCAAAGAAGUUUCAGUGAAAGAGGGAGAAGAUGUUGCUCUGCGUACUGGUGAGACUGAAAUACAGAGAGAAGACGACAUGGAGUGGACAUUUGGAGAUGAAGGAGAAAUCAUAGCUGAAAUUAAUAUAAAGCUGAAAAUCUUCGAAACAUAUGACGGCGAGGAUGGGAGAUUUGGUGACAGACUGGAGCUGGAUCAUCAGACUGGAUCUCUCAUUAUCAGAGACUGCAGAACCUCAGACUCUGGAGUUUAUACAAUGAAGAUUGACAAAAAAGGAGCAACCAUCUACAAGAGAUUCUACGUCACUGUUAGUCAUGCAUCUGGUGCCAAGACACACAAAAUCACAACACUUUCAGUGAAAGCAGGAGAACGUGUUAAUCUGUUUUCUGGUGAAUCUGUAAUGCUGAGAGAUGAUGUAAUGUGGAUGUUUGGAAAGCAGCGUAUGAUCUUAGCUGAAAUCAAAACAAAGCAAAAAUUCUUCAAAACAUAUGCCGGUGAUGAUGGGAAAUUUAAGGACAGACUGGAGUUGGAUCGCUGGACUGGAUCUCUAAUUAUCAGAGACACCAGAAACCUCAGACUCUGGAGUUUAUACAAUGCAGAUUGUCAACGAAGGAGCAGCCAUCUACAAGAAAUUCUAUGUCACUGUUAGAGCUGUUCCACCUGUCCUUCAUCAUUAUCCUCCUGUGAGGAUCCUCAACCCUUCACCCCCUGAGUCCUCACCUCAUCACUACCAGCAAAGUGACAUUUCGUCCGCCCCGCUUUUAGGAUUUAUGAUAUUCAUCCUCAUCCUGAUUUGUGUGUCUUGGUGUGGCUGAAAUAUAUUUAAUUUAAGUACCCAAGUAUGUUUUAAAGCCACUAUCCUUCACCAAUCAAAUCACAGCUUCAGUAAAACCAAAAAAACUUGAUUUGUUCCUUUUGCAAACUUUAACAAUAGAUUUGAGGAAAACAGGAAGAGUUUGUCUCAUUGGAGUUUGGCUUUAGACUUGAGAAGUAAAUUAGAAAAUCUUGUGUUAUAUGUACAUUGUGAUAUAUUUUGUAAAUAUCACAUCAACAACUUUUGUUUUCUGACUUGCAUCUACUUAAAUAUUUAUAGUUAAACAUUUUCAAUGUUAAGUCUUGUUAGUACUGGUAUUAUAAUCCAGAGAGCUCAGCAUUGCUUACAAUUGUUUGUAAAAUUCCUGCUUGAUUUCUUUAAAAAAUUGUUUCUAUAAUUCAUUAAACUAUAGUUU